AUGACAAUACACAUUGUUGUUCUAUCCUGUCCCAAACACAGCACCCACACCAACGUCAUCUCGAACUGCUGUUUCACAGCUAACGGACGCUACUUGUGCACUGCAUCAUGGGACAAGACUCUGCAGCUGUGGGACGUCCAGACAGGAACAUUCCGUUCCCACGGUGGCCUGACCCUUAGCAAGGGACACGACGGAUCCGUCAGCUCCUGCACCUUCUCUGUGGACGGGUCAGUCCUUGUGUCGGGGGCAUAUGAUAGAACAGUGGCUGUGUGGAACAUGGAGACCCUCUGCAAGACCCUGGAGUUGAAGGGACAUGCGGAUUGGGUGACAGAUGUGGCAAUCAGUGCUGACAAAAAAUGGGUGGCCUCAGCUUCCAAGGACACCACUGUCAGGUUGUGGAAUAUAGAACACUCUGAAGAGAUACCGGCCGUUAUUGAGACCAGGAAGGCUCAGGGAAUGGGCUAUCAUAUCCUCCAGUGUGAGGAGUGUGGAAAGGCUUUCUCCAUUUCUCGACUGGAGAACUCCGACUUGGUCACAAAGUGUGUGUUCUGCCGAUUGAAGACGGAAACCAGAUCCCAUCUUCAACCUCCUCCUCCUGUUGUCUAGUGUUCUGCCGAUUGAUGACAGAAACCAGAUCCCAUCUUCAACCUCCUCUUCUGUUGUCUAGUGUUCUGCCGAUUGAAGACAGAAACCAGAUCCCAUCUUCAACCUCCUCCUCUGUUGUCUAGUGUUCUGCCGAUUGAAGACGGAAACCAGAUCCCAUCUUCAACCUCCUCUUCUGUUGUCUAGUGUUCUGCCGAUUGAAGACAGAAACCAGAUCCCAUCUUCAACCUCCUCUUCUGUUGUCUAGUGUUCUGCCGAUUGAAGACAGAAACCAGAUCCCAUCUUCAACCUCCUCUUCUGUUGUCUCGGAAUUUACUGAAUGUACUGUAUCCUAAAACUGUAUUUGAUAAUUGAUCACUAACCUUCUAGACAUCCAAACAGCAAUCACUAACCUUCUAGACAUCAGAACAGCAAUCACUAACCUUCUAGACAUCAGAACAGCGAUCACUAACCUUCUAGACAUCAGAACAGCGAUCACUAACCUUCUAGACAUCAGAACAGC